CAUCGAACAGGUAUUCAUCUGGAUAUACACCCUCAUUUCCUAUGGCUUUUUGUUAAUUUUCUUUCCGCUGGGAAUAGUUUCAACAUCAGCCUUUGCAGUUUGUUCUUCCUUUUGGUCGAUCGUCGGUUUCUUAGCAUGCGUUUUUAUUACGUUUGCUGUCGUAGGUGUUUGGCUCGAACGAAAGGGUGAGUAUAUUAGAGCAAUUUCAAUUUCAUAUAUGAUUGCUUACUUUUACUUUUAAAUACCCUGUUUGUUUCUAACCGAACAACUGAUGAGAAUGUAGUAAUUGAAAACCUACAAUGCUUCUCUACAAAGCGUGUAUCUUCGUCCCAACCGAUUUUGAGCUGCUACUGAUAACGGGAAAAUGUAGUUCGAUUUUAUUUUUCAUUCCCCUUUCCCAGUGUCCAUUAUAAUUACUUCGCCCAUAAAAAAAACGGCGUGACUUUCAUUUUCGGUUUGAAUAUUCAAAUCAGUUUCCGCUCUCGCAGAGAAACGAAUUCCUAUUUUCUCUUUUGCCAUUUCAUCUUUCGUUUUCCUAUAUCAAUAACAACAGAAUUUAAUCUCUAUUUUCGCUUUUCGCUUUCGCGCCGUAUGCUAUAGGAAAACAGAAUUACGUUUUCUAUAACAUAGUAAAACGGAAGUUAAAUUUUCGUUGUUUGUCAUCCUUUCCUUUUGACGUCCGCUCAUUGACAAAUAAAUUAAGGCAUCGGUCGAAAGGUAUUUUCGUUGAAAGAUGAGGGGGUGGCGUAUGUUCGUAACUAUCUAUCGCAAGGCUGUAAAUUGUGUAUAACAUACGAUUUCUCGAAAAGUUAUAUUUUGUAUCACCUCGACAUUGUGCAAAUUAGGUCACGUGAUCUCUUACGGCCACAAAUUCCCAAAAGCCUUUAAGCAAAAAUGGCAGCAGUUUAAAUUCGGAGUUAUUCAUUUUAAUUGCUACAAGACAACUUACAACAUAAAGAACUACAAAACUGUGCAUGGCAACAGUUUGAAUCAUCCUCGGAGACCCAGAGGCAGAUAGUGGGGGAGAGGGAAAGUCUAAACGGGCGGAAAAAUAUGGCACGAAGAAAAGAAAAGAACGGCGAGAAGAGCCCCUGGGGACAAUGGUAGUCUUUACAAUAGAGCCUAAAUGAGCUCAGAAAUAUUUCAAGACAAGUAAAUUUUAAUUACUUCAAGUAAAAUAAAGCUUCACACACAACCGAUUCUUUUUUACUUCAGGUUAACUUAAGGCUAUUUUCCCAUGCAACAUAAUUACGAUUGACUGACGUGUUUCGCACGUCAGCUAAGUCGAUUUUAAGGAUGGUUUUCAAGUCGCUUGAAACUUUCUUGAAUCGUUUCAACUUUCCAACUUAAAUGAGAUGCAAAGUAAAGUCACUUGAGAUUUUACUUAGGCCUUCACACACCAAUUUUUGGUUAAGUAAAACUUAGCAGCUCUUAAGUCUUACUUAACAGCCUAGUGUAAAGACAGCCAAUGUCUUACCAGACCAGUUCCAAACGGUCACGGCCGUUCUGCCUUUUGAUUGGACAGAAAAACACAAGAGUUUUCUGGCACCAAUCAGAAGCCAGAACGGCAGCGACCGUUUGGAACUGGUCUGGUAAGACAUUGUCCCCAGGGGCUCUUCGCGCCGUUCUUUACUUUUCUUCGUGCCAUAUUUUUCCGCCCGUUUAGACUUUCCCUCGCCCCCACUAUCUGCCCCUGGGUCUCCGAGGAUGAGUUUGAAUAGGUGAGUAGUUCUGAGGAAAAAGGUUUUUUUUUAGUAGUACCCAGUCCCCCAUUACAAGUUAUUCCUUUAAUCAGACCUUUCCUUUACAAAAUCUUAACAUUGCCAAGCACAGAAAUGAUAUAUACCUAAAGGCCUUAAAAUUAUGCAACUAGUAACACAAUUUUAAAAGCUUGUUUUUGUGUUCAGGUUUAUCCUUAUGUGUGACUAUAAUUCUUAGAAUUAGUUUCAAAUAAAAACAAACAUACAGCAGAAUGCAAGCAAUGAAUUCCCAAAGAUUUUAAUCAAUAACAACAAGCAUUUAUAUAUCUCACUAAUAUAUUAUAGUUAUGUUUUUAAAAUAAACGCUGUAUAAUGAAAUGUUGUUUGUAAAAUGCAUACUCCAAAAUCCGUGUGGAUUGUUACUGACAAAUACACAAUGAAGACAUAUUUAAAAGAAAGGUUUCAGAAAGUAUCUUCGACUUAGUGAAUUGUAACUGAAUUGAACAUGUUCGUUUCUGUCGUAUUCAUUUUUUUAUUUCAUGAGAUCAAUACAAAUAAGUAUUUUAAAUGAACAGGAAAACCUUAAUUCAGUUUGCCCACCUCGGUAAGCAAAUCGCUCGUUUCAUUCUGAUUCGCCUCUUUGCCAGGGCAAAUUAUGACCUCAAUUGUAAUUCUUUUUGUUCGUCUCGUCCAUUCACCUCCUUAGAAAAAGUAGUAAACUACAACAGGAAAGUUAUCCGCUGAAAACGAUUCUGCUGAGUGGAUUGUUUAGGGCGCUUUGAAACUAAUUGUCCCCUCGCAACAAGAUUUCAUCGACUGUGUUCGUGAUCCACAAUGAUCUACAGCUGAUAACUGGUUGAGCUCAUGGAACGACAGUGCUGCGAAAAUGAAAGAACAUUGUCUCCCCCUCGAAUCUUCACUUAAACGUUCGCUACCUUCCCAAAAAACGUAACUUUUCAACUGACAUGACAAGCAAAUGAGUAACUUACUGGCAGCGUUACAAGAAAUCCCCAGAUAAUGUUAAACUGUUCCUCGCACUCGCGUCCGACUCUCGACUGCCAACCUCAUACGAAUGUCUAACCAAGAGGUCACAGAUUCAAGAGUGCUAAGACACGCUUUAAUAAGUUUUUCGCCAUUUCCUUUUAAGGCGUGUUCAGAAAGAAUCAUAGAUUUUCACUUUCUAGCGGUCACAAAAUUCUCGGAUAAAAAAUUUUGGCCGCCAUUGUACUCUGCUUGUAUACUGGAUAAGGUGCUACGCGGCGGGGACUGGGAACUGGUAAAACAGCGAAACAAACUUCGAAACUACCAAACAAAUUACCAAACAAACUACCCAACAAAUCGAGUUCUCAGACGCUUUCAAGACAAAAAUAGGUAGCUGCCCUGUGCGGGCCGCAAAUAUUUGCCUACUUACCGAAAUAUUUAGCCGGGGUUCUAGGCCUUUCCCGAUUAUGCUAGUAAAACUGGCAUUUAAUCUCUUUUUACGCCCCCCCCCCCCCCACCCCCUCAAAAAAAAGCUCAAAUUAUACCCGAUUCGUAAAAUAAUGUUACUUUGAAAAGUAGGUUGAGUUUGAUUGUCCGGGUGAACGUAGUCCUGAAUAGGACUGUUGUUGUUGACAGUGACUGACGUUUCGACAACCUGUGCGGUAGUCAUCUUCAGAGUUAAAGUGAGUUGUAUCACGUCAGUUGAUGGUAUCACACUCUGGUUAUUGAUUUUUAUUGGUCAAUUACGUCGUGAUGUUAUUGGUCGUCUGCCAAACUCAAUCUACUUUUGAAAUUACUCCUGGGUUCAAACCUUUCACAAUGUUACUUUGGUUCCAGAAAAUGUUUUUUUCUUAAUGUUCAAGCAAAACGUAGCUCACAUCAUGUGUGCUUAUCAUUAACUGAAUAAAGUGAAAAGUUCUUAUAAUAUAAUUGUUUGUUAAAAUUUCUGAUACACCGGGUACCCAAAACUUGUCCAAUGGUAAACAGUUAAUUCAUGUUCGAAGUCCUUAGCGUUUGUUGUACUGUGACUGUGACUGGCCUAUUAUUUCAAGCUUUAUUGGGCAGGAUCAAAAACAGGUCGAAAUAUACAAACAUGAAAGACAGGAAAGAAUUAAAGACCAAAAGGGCAGGGUACUAACGGAACACUUCGACCCAUGCAGGCUGCCAAACCUAUGGAAAUAUAAGAAUUUUAAACGAUACAUACAAAAAAUAAAAUCCAGUUGUAGUAGGAGAAAAAUCUAAUUGUAGAAAACUUUAAUGGGAGAAAAUUUCCGUCUAACUGUAAAGAAAUCUAAUAUUCAAAAUGAAAAAUAAAGUAUAUAUGUUGUGGUUCAGUUUUAUCCUUGGUUUAAAUUUUAUUUUCUUUUGUUUCAAACUCAUUAUCAUACAUAACCAUACCCAAAAACAAAAGAAAAUAAAAUUUAAACCAAGGAUAAAAUUGAACCACAACAUAUUCAGCGAGUGUCAUGGACGUUCGCAAGAGAUUGACCAUUAGCAGACCGUGUCCACAUCAAAGACAUUCAUUAAAAGAGAAUUAUGUAAAUUCUUCAAAAAUAAUUGUAAACAGCUAAGAGAGGUAACACCACUAGGGACAGUUUCAUUGCAUAAGUUGUCCCCCCCCGUACGGACAAAAUAUGAAGCUUGCAAAGUGCGGGUCUUACAGGCCGGAACAGUAAGAUAACAGCCAGCAGACUGGCCACGCUGCGUAUGUACGUUGAUGAUUGUUAAAAGUUACGUAGUUAGAGACAUCUAUAUCAAUGAAGCCGUAGACAGCUUUGUAAAAGAAAACGAGAUCCUUGAUUUUUCGAUCGUAAGCAAGAGGCAGCAUAUCCAAGGAGAGCAGCCUCUCCCCAUAUGACAUCAGGCCUGGCUUCAAACUUAAAAUCCAUCUGGUGCCACGUCUCUAACUUACUCAACCUUAACUUUUAGUGUCUAACAAAGGUGGGGCUUCGCAAUUGCUAGAUACAAGGACCUUGUUACUGACACUUUAGUUAAUAAGGGACAUGAUCUUUUUAGCAGACCUUGAAGUUUCAACCGGUAAUACCGGUUUUCCCCUGGUGCGCAUGUUCAAUCAUGAGAACCGCUGACUUUUUCCGUGCCCACGGCAUAACAUAACAUUUUAUUAGCAUUCCCAUAUACAGAAACGGUACUGCUUUUAAACUAUUACAAUUGAGUUUUAAUAAUAUUUAAUAUAAUCAAUAAACAGAUAGAAUUAAUUAAAAGAUAUAAUUAGAAAUCUCCAUUUCCCAUGCUUUUGUUUUAUGGAAUAAUAUUCUCUAAGUUGAAAUGCUUCAUAGACAUACUGGCCAAGACUUUUUUACAAACAUGUGGAUCAAUAUUGUUAAAACGAAAUAUAACUUUUUCCGAUUUUUUCAAGUCUACGAAUUUGUCAAUCAAUCGACAAAACAUGGCAGCUCUUCGCUUUCGUACAAAGCCUUUGAAAAAGUCGUCAAAUGUGCUAUUACAAAGUUAAAAUCGGACGGAUUUCAAGGUCUCUGUAUAAUUUUCUGUGUGGCAACGAUACGUUUGUCUCGCCUCCUACUCAUUAAAAAAUCACUCCAUUUGAAAGCGAGGCCCGCGGAGGCUCGGUUACUUUUGAAUUUGGAGCAUGCUCAAAAGGAAUUGUGCAUGCCGCGAGUAGAGUCUCCUUUCUCUUCCCAAUUUUUCUAGGAAGAUCGAAGGAGACUCUGCUCGCAGGGUACGCGUUCACUAAAACUUGAUCACUUUAAAAUUCAUCACGGGCUCUCGCUGUUUCCCUCUCCCCAGUCCCCUCAAUCCUUUUGUUGUUGUUGUUUCUUUUUUUCCCUUUGUACAACCUUCAAGAGGUGCGUGUUUGGGGGAGAAUUCAAAAACGGAUCUGUGAUCUCAGAUCAUAUGGAUUUUUCACCACCAAAACUGAAACCGAAGAUCAAAAAAAAGGAUCAUUUACCUUGGACAACGGCAUGUCUUCUUGCCCCUCGUGAUGAGAAAAAUAGAGGAAAAAAACAACAAACUGCGCUGAUCCUAGCUAGCGUACGUAUACGAAUUGUAUUGUUUCUAUUUGAAAGACAAUCGUCUCUCGAAUAGAAUCCACCUUAGGAUAGUAAAAUUAUAAGCCAGAAUUUAAAACCGAAGCUUAUAAAUCGUUUAUUUUUGAAAUUACUUGGAAAAAAAACCGGCUUAAGCAGACACUACAUACGUACAAAAAACAAGAAAAGUAAGGGUUUAAAAACAGUCUACGAAUGUAAAUAGAUGACAUACAUGGAAUCAGAGUCCCUUCAUUUUUCUGAAGAAAAGAAAUUUUAAAAGUGGAAUGAGCAAGCCGAAAUCGACCUAAAGCCGAUAACACUGAAAUCCAUCGUCAAAACUACUACAUUAUUUCGGAUUCGAUACGCACAGAAAAUCCCUUUUAUUCACAGAUACUGUUAUUAAUAGCGACAAUUGACCCUAACAGUAAAAAAAAGGGUAACUAUUUCCAGUCAGUGCAUAACCCUGAGACGAAAUUCUUUUCUAUUAUCACUAAUGGUGCGGCUUCUUCUAGUUUCCUAUAAACAGGUUUGAGGACAAUUAAAUAAGUAUUUAUUUAUUGAUUUAUUGAUUUAUUCGGUUUUAUUUGUUUAUUUUAAUAAACCUACAAGAAGGGCCUGACACAGUAGCCUGCGAACUCCUCGCUCUUAGCCGCUUGGGACGUUUCGAGAGGAAAACGUCGUUUCUCCUAGUGAAACGUCCCCCAGCGGCGAUGACCGAGGAGAAACGACUGUUUUCGCAGUGUACUAACACAGAAGUAUUAUUAUGAAAUCACGUGGUUGUUUUUCCGUAUAAUUAUUUCAUUUUUUUAUUAACUUACAUUCUUUUACUCACUUUCUCAGAACACAUUCAUUGGGGCAACCCAGAUGCACCCAUUUGCCCAGAGUUUAUUCUUGGCAAAUGUAAGAAUGGUUCCCAGUGUACCGGCCAUCACUGCAUUUUGCCUUACCAGUGGCAAUAUUCCGAUUGCAAUGACCAUGAAUGGAAGAAUUUGAAUGAGGAAGACAACGAGAGGCUUGAAAAAAUGUAUUGUGACGAGACUCUUGAGAAAAGUUUAAAUACGGGCAUUUACAAAUCAUUUGAAAGGCAUGUUACAAUACUCUGCUCUAGUAUUUAAUACACUAAUAUUUAACUCAUUAUCACUAAUAUAACUAUAUUGAGAAGUUAGUGAACAUAUUUCACUCUUAAUCAAUUUUCCAUGAGAAAGGGCGCAUAACUUAAAGUAUGCCCGUUGGCCAGAGAUGGUAAAAACAGCGUGUAAGAAUUACUGCAGAGCGGCUUAAUCAGUAUCACAUAUAGUUCCAGGCAGGUACUUGCCACUCGAGUACACUGGCCAGGCAUAUAGCAUUGUUUAAUUUAAGUCAGUUUUAGGGCGUAAAACUAUGCUACAUUAGUGAUUGUCAUCUGAACAAAAAUAUUAAUAACAUUUUUAAGUUCUCAAGGCAUUUUUCGGCAUGCCGUUUGUCUGUCGUUAAAAUUUGAAUUUCUUAUAUGAAGGAACGUAAUUGAAAGCUUCAAAUUACAACGAAAAUAUUAAGAUACCAAAGGAGGACGGCAAACAUAAGGCACAUGAUGAUAAAGAUGGCUGAUAUAAAGGGUUAAAAACCCACAUGCUUUAAGUAAUAUAUCAAACAUGAGAUGCAGUGUUUCAUCACCAGAUGAAACACCGAGAAGAGAGUUGAAAAUACGACGCGCAGCGGAGUAUUUUUGACGAACUUCAUUUUUGAAGGAGAAAUUAAGGAUGCAAAUACUAAGCAGUGUUUCAUCCGAUUUCCAAACACUCAUGAAACAUUAACUUCCUUUGUAUUUUCUUAAUGAAUUAUUAAUGAGUUUGAGAAGGCUAGUUUACUGAACCUAAGUUUUGGUUAACUAUGAAGAAAUUAAUCCAAGCAUAAGUACAAGGGGGGAGAAGCCACCACCCCUAAGGUUUUUCUGACAUUUUUCCUAGAGGAUAAAACAUCAGCACCUGACGUGUUCGUUUAUCCCUUGCGCGCAUCUUGAGACAAGUUCAGUGAUGGCCAGUUUCUAUGGUUACGAGAUAUGACGUCAUAAGUAGCAGGCGGUCAAGCCAUUUUUGAGUGAAAAAGCAUGUUUUUUCAACUUCUUUCAACAAUAAAAGUAAACCUUAGGGCUUAAAUCAUGCAAAGUGCUUAUUCAAGUGUUAUUUUUCAUUUCAAGCACAAAAAAUUACCAUUUCUCGCGGUUUUAGCCUGAUUUCUAUUCUUGGUAAAAUCGAAGAUGUCAGCCAAGAUGGCGACCAUUCUUGGUGACGUCACAGGCCUCCAGCAGCAGUUGACAAAAUUAUCAUUUUUGUUUAUAUUUUAGAGAUGAACUUUUGCAUGCCCAAGAGACGUAUGAUGUCGAUAUUUGGCUCGAUGAUAAGACACUGAUUAUACAGAAUUCGAAAUUGGCAAAGGUCAAGUCGAGAAAGAAACUACGACGCCUAUCGACAGAGUCUUACGUCAACUCAAACAACCCACUGGCUACCAAGUGGAUAUGGUACUGGCAACACCAAAGUGGAUUCUGGAGGAUGUACGAUAAAGACGACACGGUGAUUAAAAGGGGGGAUAUAUUUUCUUGGGGUUCGGAUAAUAACACCUCUUGUAACGGUAAGAAAUAGGCAACGCACAAUCAAAUCCAUACCCGUACCCACACUAUGGUAGAAGGGAGGCAAUGGGAGUGGUGGCCUGGGAUACCCAUUUGGCGGUUUUUAGCUCUUUGCUGUGUUAUAAUAUAAUAAAUAAUUAUUUUCUGCAAAUGUCAAACAUUUAAUAGAUAGCCUGCAGAGUUUAAUGCUGACGGUCCUGUUAAAUAUCCAUUCACAGGGAAAAGAUCUCCAAGAAUCUCUGGAGAAAGCCUUCUGGAACAAGCAAAAAGACUUCAAGUUUCGGAUUAGCAACCAUGAUUACAUUCUAACCCUUGACUCAUCAAGUAGCAUGAGCCAGAAAAACAUAAAUUACGGCGCGAAAAAAAGAGUAAGAAGAAGGCCUGGAAAAUUUUUUUCUAAGGAUGACAUUUCUCAACUCAAAAGGUACUUCGUGUUCUAGAAUUUACCCGGAAGAGGUACUCGGGGUAAUUAAGGGGAGGCUCCGUCCAGAGGUCCAACCCCCUACCAUUUUGAAUACAAUUUUUGACAGAAAAUUAACCCGUUUCGUGUACCUUGCUUUGACAAACGGUACUCCUUUUACAUAACCUAGUGUAGAAAGCGGCAUCCCCUUUUAACCGUGAAUGUGAAUGCACCGUCCCUUUUAACAUGACCAGGAAGGUUUCUUGUCUCUUUCGCAUCCGUUUGUUAGCCGUUUUUGGCCUUUUUACAGACCAAAAUGACAGAUUCCCUACCCUUUCAUAUACUUCAGUUAAUUAAAUCCCUAACCUUUCAAAUACCUCAUGCCUAAAAUAGGUACCCCUUUUGCGUGGACUCUCCCGGUAUAAGGCACACUUUUAGUAAAAUCUAACUAGUGGUCUAUUAUCAAAGCUGCGUUCUGAUUGGUUGAGCUACUACUAGGCUAUACGUUAUAGCCCACUAGUAGCGAAAAGCGCCGGCUUUGAAAACCAAAACAAUGGCCGUUGAAUCGCGUUUUGCUAGCUAAAGUUGUUUGUCGUGAUAUUUUUGACCAACUAGUUGAUUUUACUAAAACAAUUAUUCCUAUUUUUUUUCUUACUAAAAUAAUUAUUCGAGUCAAUAGCCCAUUCGGCCGCUCGGAGCCCAUUCGGGCUCGAAGAAUAAUUGUUAAAUAGAGAGCACUGCCUCUGGGGAAGUAAUUAAUAAAAAGGUCACAAGUGCUAGCCCUGGACUCCGUUAUUAUAUAAAGUUAUAAUCAGGUCAUGGACCAUAGGGACUGAGAUAAAUGUAAUGAUGCAGCUUGAUGUACCUUUUUCCACUAGGUCUCAGAGAGCAUUCCCAGCUCACAAUCAGCAAGAGGGAAACACAAGAGGCACUGAUAAGCCAAGCCAUUGGUCUCACAUGCAAUCCACGACGCCAUAUCAGCGUGUUCAGUUAUCACCGACUACUGACGAAUUUAAAGAAAUAGAAGAACUUUUUAAAAACUCGUUUAAAUGGAGUGUGGAAAUCCUUGCCAUCGAACGAGUGCAAAACCCUUAUGAGUGGGAAAAGUACCAAAGGUAGUCAAAUACUUUUAAUCAGUAAGGUGUCCUAUUACGGUAUUUUAAAAACGCUUAAGCUGCUUAUUUCCAACCCUUUUUCGCCCUGUUUACUUAAGUUGCUUGUGGCGACUCACACUCCUCGCUCUUGCUCAUUGCAGCCAAUAAGGUAGCCUCGUAUCCAGAUCUAGAUCUCUCAUCCCGUUCUCUAGGACGAUUGACAAGUACCCUGAGUACCAGGUGAUUUUCCUCACGUGUGGCGGGAUUUUCCGGUGUCGGCCGGAGGCCGAACCCACCCCGCGAAGCUGCAGCCUGUAGGAUACGGAUGCGCGAUCUUCUCAGUUAGCUUAGUGUCGUAGAUUUAAAACCGUAGAGGUUUCCGACUUUCUAACACAGUUUUUAUCAGCAAACUGACCGUCUUCGAAGUUGUCACGAGAUUAAGGUGUCGAUAGCCGCGUGACAAUUGAUUAAAAAAGCGCGGGUAGUUUACACCCUUCAUCUAUUAUGUUUAUAGCUUUUUUUAGUUGUUUUUAACGUAGCGUUAACUAAAAAUCAAAUCUUGUAGUAGUAUUCGCAUUGAGUGGAAAUUAAAAUUGAUUUCACUGUUUGAAUUUACUCAGAAAAAAGAAAAACAUGGCAGCGGCCCAUACUGGUUCCGCCGAGGAAAGGUUCGUAAACGAAAUGCGGUUGUUUCAUGGGACCAACCCUGAUGUAGUGGAAGCUAUUUGCAAACAGAACUUUGACUGGCGUGUCAAUGGGAAGAACGGGACUGCUUACGGACAAGGAAGCUAUUUUGCUGUAAACUCCUCCACGAGCGACUGGUACGCCAAGGAAGACAACAAAAGGUCUAA